AUGGCUGUCCUCACCCCUGCGAUUCCGUCUGUCACGCUGGGCCAUGCGCCCCCUGCCAAGCUAUGGGCCCUAUUCAACCUUGCUUUUGUGGGCGACAAGAAUCUACGAAGAAAUGUGCUGAUACGAAUUACGAGAAAGGAUGGAGUUGUGCUGAAAUUUGUGGUGAAUUGCUUCCCUGCCUCUGCCACACUUGCCCACGGCCCUGUCAUGAAGGGUUAUGCGGUGCAUGUCGGGAUUCGGUCCAUGCAAAAUGCUAUUGUGGAAAGUUAUCGAAGGAAAUGCUAUGCAGGGAGACAGAAGAGGAGAAGGAAAGCACGCAAGAAGUAUCCGGAGAAGUGUAUACGUGGAAAGGAACUUUCAACUGCAAAGCCAUUUGUGAUCGCACUUAUGAUUGUGGGAUUCACCGAUGCACCAAACCCUGUCAUCCUCAGAAAAGGACAAAUCAAGGAGGAAAAGAAAUGUGGUUCAACUCAUAGUAAACCAAAAUUUCACGAUGAUAAGCUGAAGUGUGACGAUGAGUGUGCGCGAUUGCAACGAAAUCGAGACAUAGCGGCUGCCUUGAGAGUUGACAUUGACCCACUAACAACGACAGCGACCGGAACACAGCCACGCUCACACGAUACGGAAACUUUUCCAUACUCUGACGAAACCCUUGACUUAUACAUCCAGUCAUCUUCUUCUUCCACCUUAGCGACUCUUCAGGGAUUUGAAGCUAGUCUCCAUUCCCUGGCAAUACAAACGUCUCAGAAAUGUACCCGAUUUUCGCCGUGUCGUUCUCAACUUCGAGCGUUUAUUCACUCCCUGGCAGCGGACUGGGGAUUCCAGUCAGAAAGCUUUGACCCUGAGCCAGUUCGACAUGUUCUUGUGAGCAAAACUCAAGGAUGGAUUUCGCCAGGUGUUGCCACAGGUAGCCAACCGCGGAUCGGCAUUCGAGGUUUGAGCGUCGCCGAGUGUAUUAAGUUACGAGAUCGUGAGUGUUCGAAAAAGAAAGACACAAAAAAGAAUGCUGCCGAAAACGCAGGGCGCAAAACGCAGCAGGAAGAUGACGAGUGGACAGUGACUGAGACUAAAGAUGAGUUUGGUUGGUCAAGAGUGGUAUCUAAAAAGAAACCGGAGUGGUGGAAUGACAGCGAUAUUCAGAAAACGUUCUCUCAACCAGGAAACCAACAGUCUGGAAAUGGUGAAGGGAGAAGUAACUGGUUUAGCGGCGGGAGAUUUGGGAGCCUCGUUUUAAAGAGCGGUGUUGGUAGGGGUAAGGAGAUGGCUACCUCCCGUUCAUCCGAUGGCUCAAAGGCUCCAGUUUUUUUAGCGAAAGGUGAGAAGGUCGUUGAAGACUGGGAAGAAGAGAUUAAGAAGGAAGAAGACGAGCAGAAAGAAAAUGGAAAGGUCACAGAAACAACCGCUACUCCUGACCUACCCGACGAUUUGCCAUGGGAUCACGGGUUUGAAGGGGAGGGUGAGUCCCAUGUUGUGGAAUCGGGAUUCUGGAUAGCGCCAGGAAAAUAUUAG